AUGCUGCGGUGCGCGCGCGCGCCGACGCCGCCGACGCCGACGCCGACGCCGACGCCGACGCGCGGCGCGCGCGCGCGCGUCCGCCGCGCGUCGACGCGCGCGCGCGCGCUCGACGACGACGACGCGCGACGCGAUUCGAGAUUCGCGAGCGAGGACGAGCGCCGACGCGCCGUCGAGCGGCUCGCGCCGCCGAAGCGCGACGGCGAUCGCGCCAAGCCGCGCCUGCGCGAGCUCGGAAAGAAGCGCGCGAUGGGAUUUACGAGCGGCGCGGCGUCGAGCGGGGAGGCGCGAGAGGCGGCGCGAAGGGCGAGGCUGGAGAGGCGAGACGCGCGAGCGACGCGCGAGUCGAGAGAAAUCAUGUCGGCGAUGCGCGACGCGCUGGACGCGUGGGAGAGCGAGAUCGAUGGGAUGACGGAUUUCGCGCGCGCGAGCGUCUUGGAACAGGCGUCGACGGCGACGGAGAUGUUCGAGAGGCUUCGAGACGAAGGGUUCGGCGCGGUCGAGAGCGCCUUCGCGGUGAUGAGCUGGAUGGACGACGCGAUCGAGGACGCCGCGGCGCGCGCGGACGAGGACGCGGCGACGUCGACGUCGACGUCGAAGGAACGGGUCGAGGACGCGUCGAAGGCGUCGAAGUCGAAAACGGCGCCGGACGGCGUCGUCGGCGCGCUCUCCGACGCGCUGAGACAAUGGUUCGCGAUAGACAUCACAGAGUUGGAGGAUGGUCGCAAAUCGAUCGUCGUCAACGCGAGCGCGGAGUUUUUAGCGGUUUUCAUUCUGCUUCUCGUCGCGUCGGCGCACUUUGGCGGUGAGUUAGUGAGCGACUUCUUGGCGCCCGACCCGCUGCUGCGGUGA